GCAGCCUGCCUGUGAGGGAGGCCGUCGCCCGCGGUCGGCGCCCUUUGUCGCCGCCGCCGCCGCCGCCGCCGCCGCCGCCUCGGGGAUCAAGCCGCGCCGCGAUAUUAAUAAAGCCACGGAAAGAAGAAAUAUGAAUAAGUCUUCUUCAAGGUCCAGCCCAGCUCGAAGAGAGCAGCUGCCGUAUGGCGAGAGAGACGCCCGGCGUGAUCGCUCUCCUAACCAGGGAAGUCCACGGAGAGAGACGAGGGAUGGCAGGAACGGCAGAGAUUCCAGAGAUGCUCGGGACCUUCGGGUGAGAGAUGUGCGGGCUGCUCGGGACCACCGGGAUCCCAGAGACUUCCGAGACACCCGGGACCUGAGGGACCCCCGGGAUUUGCGGGACCCCCGGGAACCGCUCUACGAGCGCUACAAGGAGACCCGAGAAACUUCCUACAGGCGAGAGGAGGGCUAUGACCGCUACGUGCGCUCCGACGACUAUUACCGAAGGCGGGAUGAGUCGUACUACGACCGUUACCGAGAUUCCUUGGAUAGUAGGCCCAGCCUGAGCACUGAAGAGCGGAUGAAGCGUGAGGAGCGGCGCCGGGAGGAGCUGUACCGCCAGUACUUCGAGGACAUCAAGAGGCGCAUCGACUCGGAGCGCCCUGUGGACUGCUCCGUGAUCGUGGUCCACAAGCAGGCCAAGCAGGACGGCCCGGGAGCGAAGCAGGACGGAGGGCGUGGAGGCGCACAGUCCACCUGGCUCAUGGCGAGAGGCAGAGAGGCGCUACGGGAGUACGCGGAGUCGGUGGGGCGGAAGGUGCGUGAUCUCGGCAUGAUGGUGGACCUGAUCUUUCUCAAUUCGGAGAUGUCUUUGCAGCAGGCGCUGGACGACGUGAGCCAGGGGGGGUCCGCCUUUGCCAUCGUCAUCACCCAGCAGCACCAAGUGCACCACUCCUGCACGGUCAACAUCAUGUUUGGGACCCCUCAAGAGCACCGCAACAUGCCGCAGGCAGAUGCCAUGGUGCUGGUGGCGAAGAACUACGAGCGCUACAAGACGGAGGUCCGGGAGAAGGAGCGCGACGAGAUCGCCCGGCAGGCCGCCAAGAUGGCCGACGAGACCAUCCUGCAGGAGCGGGAGCGCCCCCCACCCGCCGAGGAGGGCGGGCUCCGCGGGGGCCACCCUCCCGCCAUCCAGGCACUCUUGAACUUGCUGGCGGACAAUCGCUACCUUACCGCCGAGGAGACAGACAAGAUCAUCAACUACCUGAGGGAGCGCAAAGAGCGGCAGUUGCGCGGCAGUGCCGACUCGCUGCCCGCUUCGCUUCCCAGGCAGGCCCUCGGAGCACCGUCGGGGUCCUCACUGGCCAGCCUGCCCAGCGCCCAGGCGCACCAGAGCACCCAGGCGCUGCCGGCCUCUGCCUCGGCCGCGGCCGCCUCCAGUCCCCAGCAGGAGCUGCAGGCCAAGAUACUCAGCCUUUUCAACAGUGGAGCCGCCGCCGCCGCAGUGGCCGCGGUCGCCAACAGCGGCUCGGCCGUGGGAGGAUCGCAGACCGCUGGCUUCGGCACGGGGCCCAGCGGGACGCAGAGCCGCACCGCGGGGCUGCCUCCCUCCCAGCAGCGGGCCCAGGGCCAGGGGGCGCAGUUCCCGAGCCACGCCGGCUCCGCCCGGGGCCCGGGCCCGCGGGCCUCUGCCCCACAGCCCUCUCAGUCGCUGUACCCGAGCCGCCCCGCCGCCCCGAGCGGCACGGCCACCUCGAGGCAGGCCUCCUCCUCGGGGAUCAACUUCGACAACCCCAGCGUGCAGAAGGCGCUGGACACCCUGAUCCAGAGCGGCCCGGCCCUCUCGCACCUGGUGAGCCAGACCGUGGGCCAGGCCCGGGCAGUGCCCCCCGCCCAGCAGCCCCUGGGCUCCUACCAGCGCCACUACUAGGGCCGGGCAGCCCCCCCGCCCCCCCCGCCCAUUCCAGCUCCCCGUGGGUUUCUGUUCCUUUGCCUUGUGUUCAAGGAGGCUGCUGCUGCGAAGCCUCUGGUGCCGAAGGCGCCCGCCCCCCCUCCCCGCCCAGGCUGCCCCGAGGAGGAGGAGCGGCUCUCGGCCAGGCCCCAGCCCAGGGCGCUCGGAGCCGGCCAGAGUGCCACGGGCAGACGUCCCUGCGUGCCGGCGAGACCCUUGCCAGGCCCUCCGGCCCAGGGGCCUCACUGGGGAGCUCACAGGCUCCCGCUGCUGCCGCAGCUGCUUCCUGAAUGCCACUGCGGUUUGGCAGGGCACCUUCCUCGUUCCCCGGAGCAGCAGGGGGUGCCCUCUGUGUUGCCCGUGGACGUGUUCGGUGCUGCCGCCGCUCUCUUGGUUGACGGCGUCUUACCAGCCCUCUGGGGCACUGGUCGCCUCUUCCUUUGCAGACAGGGGCCCAUGCAGAGGCUCUCUCGGGGGGAGCGCCACUCCUGGAGCUGUAGAUGUUCUGUUCAAUGGUUUUGUCAUGUAGAUACCUCUGUACUGUUAACACAACUUUUUAAGGAAAAAAAUAUAUUGAAAAACCAGAA